AUGCCUUCACGUCGGUUUGGACGACCUGCCAUGAUUGUUGCUACACUUAUUGCCUUUGCGGUCCUCACGCUUGUAUUCAUCGGAGAGGGAUUGAAGGCAUUUGUCCGUAGGGAUGGUGUUAGCUUGGGGAAGAGAGAUGGUGCUUUCGGUCUGAAUUGGCAUACAACGGUCUUCACGCCAUUUACUGGAAGAAGUGAUAUCUCGACAUUGAAUGAUUGCUCGCCUAAUUCUUCGAACACACCAGCACCUCUCAUCAUCGACCAGAUACAGUCUCGAGAGCAAGCUACAGAAGAUGGUUCUACAACAGUUUCUGCCAUUCUUGCUCAAGGAACAAACACGGUUUCAUUUGCUCUUCAAGGGAGAUCUGACAUGGUGUCUGUUAUCUUGGCCAACAUCAACAGCUUAUUGGCCCAUCCCACUGGCGUUAGCAACACUCGUGAUACAACAGGGCUACUUGCCAUUGCCAUGGCGAAGUCAAACCCAAGUGUCUCGAGCACAGCAGUACUCUCAGCCACCACUCUUACUGAUCUUCAUUCCCUCGCCGCCUCUGAAUUGUUGAAGAAAGCAGCAGCAUUUAAUGCUCACCACGAUUCUCACGGUGAGUCUUGUGAAUGUGCAGCAUGCAUCUCUUCGCCAGCAGCUUCCACACCAAUAACAGCAGCUCCUCCUCUUCCAACACAAGAGUUAAUGGCCAGAGCUUUCAUGGUCAGAGCCGAUGCUGAAACAGUUACUGUGACUGUCUCGGUAUGCCAAGACACAACACCAAAGCCUUUGAACUCGACUGGAUCAGGUAAUCAAAGCCCAGCCCCGGCAUCUAACUCGACGUCGUCAGGUCCUAAGAAUCCUGCACCAGCUCCAGGAAGUUCGAAUUCACCAUCAUCGGGAUCCGAGAAUCCUGCACCAGCUCCAGGAAGUUCGAAUUCACCAUUAUCGGGAUCCGAGAAUCCUACACCAGCUCCAGGAAGUUCGAAUUCACCAUCAUCGGGAUCCGAGAAUCCUACACCAGCUCCCAAUAGUUCGAACUCACCAUCAUCAGGAUCCGGAAACUCUACUCCAGCACCAGAAAGUUCGAAUUCAACAUCAUCAGGUCCUAAGAAUCCUGUACCAGCUCCAGAUAAUUCGAAUCCGACAUCAUCGGGACCCAACAACCCCUCGCCUGCGUCUAACUCGACAUCGUCAGGUCCUAAGAACCCUGUACCUGUCCCCGACAACUCAAACUUUACAUCACCUUCUCGACCAAAUCCACCUUUCGCUAAUGGAACUGACACCGGCUCUGGCUCUGGCGGAGCUGCUACUGGCUCCGGAUCUGCUGGUUCAGGAAAUAGUUCGGGAGCUGGUUCAGGAGCGGGUUCGGGAGCUGAUUCGGGGGCUGGUUCAGGGGCUGGUUCAGGAUCUGGUUCAGGAGCUGCUGGUGCUGCAUCGGCAUCAGGUGCGGUGGCCAGUGCCGCCUCUUUGUUUUCUGGCAACUCUACACAACCAACGGGUAUCGCUCAACCAAGCAACGAUGCAGGCAAAACUUCAAGUGCCAGUAAAUCAACACCAGCUGAGAACACGUCUCCUGUGUCAUCUGCAAGCAUCAGUCCACCGAUUGCCAGUCAAGCAUCUGCUGCUUCAAGUGGUAUUGACAAUAGCAUCUUCGUACUCGUUACACUAAUUACACCUGCUCUUUCGAAUAUUGUUUACUUCGUCACUACGGUUGGCCCCAUUGCUGUUAUGGUUAUUAUGGGUCAGAUUUGGCUGCUUUGA